CAGGGUUUGUGUUCUUUUCAACUCUGUAUUCUAUUAUAUUCUAUUAUUAUUAUUAGCAGUAUUAUUAUUGCAUACUAUUGCUUAGUAUAAAAACAAAUCGACAUUUAUAAGAACAGGGAAAAGUCUAACACGUGGCCUGAUCUAUCCUUCACACACAUAGGCUACCUAUAGGUUUACCACGUGCAUGGGAAUUGUGAAUAACAAACUUAACUGUAGUGUGGUAGGCAACAUACAUAAAUGUUACCAGUCACCUCCGUAAGUGAAAAGAUGUGAUAGCUCAUCUGCGCUGCGCUCACCAAUCCAGCCUGUAAGAGGUUAAAUUUAUUCUAUGGAAAAACCAAUUGUAAGCUUCUUGAAGGGGGGAGAAUGGCACAUACCAUUUGACGAGGCAUUCAGCUCCAGUGAAUGAAGUGCUGUGAAUGUGAAUUCGAACCCCCCUGCUGGAGGUGAAGGGGUCCGCGGCGCUCACAGGGGAUUCGAAAACCCAAAUACGCUUUUGUGGAUUGAAACUUUGGUAACCCAAGGGCCACUGAAUUGAUGGAAAAGUAGUAGUGAUCCACGACGGAUGGAUCCGGGUUACAAAGUGUCCAGCCUUUUGCCUAUCUAAACCCGGAGACAAGAAACUUCUGAAGUUCCCGUUGUCAAGUGACAGAUUCAAAAACGGACCUAAAUGAUGUGACUGCAAGCAUCGAUUCUCUAGGAGGGGUUUACAACGGACCUCCACUGAUUUUCUGUUUCACAAUUACUUUGUGGUGAUUUCUCUCUGGAUUGUUGCCUGUGAUUUCCUCACUUUAUUAUCCAUAUAAAUGGGAAGAGGAUUAUUUGAAUUGGAUUAUACAGUUACCCGUUAAACGAGAACGCACGACUGAUACGUGAUGACAAACUCCAAGAAGCGAUAGAACUGUUCUAAACGAAUGCCUAAAUAACAUGUAAAAAACUCGAAACUUGCUUCCAUAGCUUUUGGAUAUCACGCCAGUUUAAAACUAUUGAUAUCACGUCAGUUUAAAACUAUUGAUAUCACGUCAGUUUAAAACUAUUGAUACACCGCAGAUCACGCGUUCUAUUCCCAUUUUGCGGCAGUUUGUUCUCGGUAGAUUUUUAUAUUCACCACAAUUCAUGGAAUACUACUUUUGAGUCGAGAUAUUGGAAUAACAUUUUAAAUAUUAACAAAUCAUUAACUAUUUUAUUUCGUAAUUUUCUUGGUAUUCUGAAACCAGUUUUGAAAUUGACACCAGGAUUAUGAAGGAGUGGAUUGUUGAAGUAUUUCACGAAUAAUUUGGAUUAAUCAAGCAAUAUUCUCAGACGAGAGACGUGGAAUAAUGUCGCCAACUUCUAUUGGGAUGGCGGUUUUACUUGGAAUUCUCCAUGUGUGCUCAGGAUCCCGUCUGCGCCAGGAGGACUCCCCACCCCGGAUCGUAGAGCACCCCUCUGACCUGAUCGUGUCCAAGGGGGAGCCCGCCACCCUCAACUGCAAGGCAGAGGGGCGGCCCAGCCCUACAGUGGAGUGGUACAAGGACGGGGAGCGGGUAGAAACGGACCGGGACAACCCUCGAUCUCAACGCAUGCUGCUGCCCAGCGGCUCCCUCUUCUUCCUACGUAUCGUCCAUGGACGACGCUCCAAACCGGAUGAGGGCUCCUACGUCUGCGUCGCCCGCAACUACCUAGGAGAAGCCAUCAGCCACAACGCCUCGUUGGAAGUAGCAUGUAAGUGCAGCUCAUGUUGGGGCUUUUCUUAUUUCCUCUUGGGCCUCUGGGCCUCUGAGCCUCUGGGUUCGGUGUGAAUGGAAGAGAAGGGGGUUUAGACUGGAGCUGGGGCUGAAUAGAAGACUCCAGUUUCCUACUCUAUUUCCCCCCUCAAUGUGCUCAUUGAGUUGGAUAAUCUCACAGGAGAUGGUUCAGGAUGUGUUUGGCCCAUUUGCCCCAGUAGGCCCAGUCCUGGGGGCAGAUUGGCCUGAGCAUCCCAGGGGGGGUGCUCCUGUAAAGGGCCCUUGGUAGGGGGUCAGGAGCUACAAUAGGAACAAAGUCCUUUCUGUUGUCCUUCUAGCUCUGGUGUUUGUCAGGGAGAUGGAUCAGAGUUUUUAUACACAAAUCAGUCAUUGUAUCUGUGUUUGGUCAUCUUUUAGUAGAGAGAGUUACCAGUUGUUUCCUUGGUUGUAGACUAGACUAGUGGAGCUCCUCUUUAUUGCCUGCUAGACGGUCUUAAUGAUGGACCUGCUUUGAUGUGGAUGGGGCAUUCCAUCAUUGUGAGGGUCAGUGACUACGCUGAAAGGUUUGGGACUAAAAGCUUUCAAACAAAUAGACAGUGAAUAAUAUACAGUACAUAGAAAGAGGACGGACACCGCUGCUUAUUCAUUUAACUCUUAGCAUAAUGAUUGGUGCUCUGUGUUGACAAAUUUGUCCUCAAGGCUGGUUGGUUUUUGAGGUCAGAUCUUAGCCAUGUUAUCUGUACUGUGUCUCUACUGGCUGGUCUGAGUUCAGCUCUUAGCCAUGUUAUCUGUACUGUGUCUCUACUGGCUGGUCUGAGGUCAGCUCUUAGACAUAUUAUCUGUGCUGUCUGGAGAGGGAACAUUGAGAAGAGGAUCUCAGAUAUCAACCGCUUCUCAAGCAUGCCCAGGAGCUGUCACCAAGGCCCUCAUUGUAAUCUAAUCGAAAGAGAGGGGUUCGGAGGAUGGGCGGUGGUCUUUUUAUGGGUGCUGGUGACUGGGGCUUGAGGGGAGGAUCUGAUGGUGUGUGGGGGAGUGGGGAUGAAUACUAAAGGCUACAUGAGCAGGCAAGAUACAUUCUGUAUGUCAGCUGUGGAGUUACUAUACUUUCUCAGUAUUUGGUUGUGGAUGAUGUGUAUAUUUAUAACUCUUGAUGUACUAUCAGGUGUGUGCUACAACAGAGCAGUAAUUCAAGAUAAUUGAAAUAGCCAUAAUUAAAAAGAUGAAUAAAAAAGGAUUCAAUUGUUGCUUUCAAGGCCUCUGCCUUUGAAAUGAGAGAGCCUGGUACCAUGGGAGGACCAUGGGGAUAUAGUAGCAGUUGGUUGGUCACAGAGAGCCUGGUACCAUGGGAGCACCAUGGGGAUAUAGUAGCAGUGGGUUGGUCACAGAAGAGCCUGGUACCAUGGGAGCACCAUGGGGAUAUAGUAGCAGUGGGUUGGUCACGGAAGAGCCUGGUACCAUGGGAGCACCAUGGGGAUAUAGUAGCAGUGGGUUGGUCAUGGAAGAGCGCAGCUGAAACCAUACUCUGUGUGUUAGUGGUGGUGGGGACGGUGUCAUGUCCUCAUCUCCUCUUAGAUCUCACCCCAGAGUCAGGCUCUGCUGCCCCAAACUGAUGACUGUUCCUCUGCUGUCUUUUAUCCACUCAGUCACUCACCCUGCAUGGUUAGAGGCCUGCCUUCAGAAAGACUGAAGGCCUCCCAAUGAAUACAUCAAAUAGAAAUGUCAAGGAAAAUAAACAGAGAGUCAAACAGGGCCCCACUUUCCAUAAAUUGGAAUGCUAAAAAUAUUCCCCCCAAAAGUGGACGAUAUAGGGUAUUUAUUUCAGAGGUGGGUUCUUCAAGUAGAAGAACAAGAGGCUUGGCUGGAGCAGGAUGGUAGCAGGACUGGAGCGGUGCAGGCCAGAGUAGAGACAGUGGCUGGCCUGGCCCUACCCACAGCACUGGGCUGCUUAUUCUGGACCAGGUUCAAAAGGACCCAUAAUGACAAGGUUCUGAGCAGCAGCCCUCUCUCGCUGUCUCACUCUGUCUCACUCUGUCUCUCUCUGUCUCACUCUGUCUCUCUGACCCUCAUUCUCUACCGCUCACACUCCCUCACAUAUCAUUUUGUUGUCAGAGCAACCAGGAUAGAACCCUGUAGGAGAGAGAAGGAGAGAGCAGAGAAAACUAAGCACUGAGCUUUUACAAGACCUUGUUUAAACUUCAGGACAGGGACAGAGUACCCUACGUGCCAUGGACUGAGUAUACAGGCCUUUUAAAAAUAUUAUUUGGACUUUGUAUGCUUGUGUUUGCUGAAAAAUGUUAGCCAAAUCUCAAAUUUAUCCUAGUUUAUCCAUUUGCCAUUUUAGGGUUUUAUUCCAAGGAUUUAUUGGCUAAUUCCACAGUGAGUUCAUGAAACCCCAGAGAAGGAAGGUAAAGCAUUAACAGUGUUUACUCUACCAAGCUCUCAGAGCCCUGCAAGAAUCUAAAAGCAAAAAAACACAAUUUCUAUACCCUGUUAUUCUGACGACCUGGCGUUUACAGUUCUCCUACACUCGAGCGACUGUAAACAUAAUCCAAGUUUCAAAAAGUCAUGUUUUGCCAGGCUGGUGCGAGCUAACCCAGUUUGUUUGGUUUAUCAUUAAUGACACACAGUACAGAGCCGCAAUCUCUCCAUCCCACCCUCUUAAUAUAGACAGGGUUAAUGGAUUCACCAUGAAUCAUGGUAGUCGUGUUUGUUCUAUACUAAAUUACUGUAUACUAUACUAUACUUAAACAAUAAGGCACGAGGGGUGUGGUAUAUGGCCAAUAUACCAGGGCUAAGGGCUGUUCUUAUGGAUUGUUUUAUUCUUUUUUUAUUUAACCUGUAUUAAGGGAUUCAGCCCUUAGCCGUGGUAUAUUGACCAUAUACCACAAACCCCUGAGGUGCCUUAUUGCUAUUAUGAACUGGUUGCCAACGUAAUUAGAGCAGUAAAAAUAAAUGUUUUGUCAUACACAUGGUAUAAGAUAUGAUAUACCACGGCUUUCAGCCAAUCAGCAUUCAGAGCUUGAACCACCCAGUUUAUAAUAUACUGUAAUUGCCUAGUUAAAUACGGUUAAAUAAAAAUAAGUAAACAAGUAUAUAGUAUACUAUACUAUAGUGUGCUAUACUACAGUACUAUACUAUAUGUUCUAUACUAUACCGUACUGUACUAUAAAGUACCGUACUGUACUAUACUAUAAUAUACUGUACUAUACCAUACUAUCCUAUACUAUAGUGUACCGCAAUGCACUAUACUAUACUGCACUAUACUGUUCUGUACUAUACUAUACUGUACUAUACUAUACUAUGCUGUACUAUUCUGUACUAUAAUCUACUAUAGUGUACUAUACUGUACUGUACUAUACUAUAAUGCGCUAUACUAUACUGUACUAUACUAUACGUGCUAUACUAUAUUGUACUAUACUGUACUGUACUAUACUAUAGUGUACUAUAAUAUAGUGUACUAUACUAUAGUGUGCUAUAAUAUAGUGUGCUAUACUAUAUUGUACUAUACUGUACUAUAAUAUAGUGUGCUAUACUAUACUGUACUAUACUAUAAUGUACUAUAAUAUAGUGUACUGUACUAGUAUGUACUAUGAUAUACUGUACUAUACUAUGCCUUGCUAUACCAUAAUAUACUAUACUAUGCUGUAGUGUACUAUUCUGUACUAUACUACGAUGUUCUAUACCAUAGUUCACUAUACUAUACUGUACUACACUAUAGUGUACUAUAAUAUAUUGUACUAUACUAUGCUGUACUAUAAUAUACUAUAGUGUGCUAUACUAUACUGUACUAUACUGCACUGUACUAUAAUGUACAGUACUAGUAUGUACUAUGCUAUACUGUACUAAACUAUACUGUACUAUACUAUGCAUUGCUAUACUAUAAUAUACUAUGCUGUACUGUACUAUGCUGUACUAUACUACGUUGUUCUAUACUAUGGUGUAAUGUACUAUACUAUACUGUACUAUUCUAUAAUGUACUAUACUAUAGUAUACUAUACUGUGCUAUGCUAUGCUAUACUGUACUAUUAUAUAAUGUACUAUAUUAUAGUGUACUAUACUAUACUGUACUAUACUGUACUAUUCUAUAAUGUACUAUAUUAUACUGUACCAUACUAUACUAUACUGUACUAUACUGUACUAUCUAUACUCACACAGGCUCAAGGUGCGAUUAAUUCUCUCUCUAUUGAUGUUUGCUUUGUAUUUGUAAUGGAGACGCCAAGUAAUAAGACAGCUUUGUUCCUGUUUAAUAGCAUGGAGAGCAAAGAGAGAUAGCGAUGUACUGUUUAACUACAGAGAGGACUGACUGACUGACUGGUUGGCUGACUGGCUGACUGACUGGCUGACUGAACCUGCUCUCUAGCAGGCUAGAAUCCUCUGACUGCACUGCAGGCCACAUUAAGUAAUGUACAGUAUCCAGCUGCCUUUCAAAGAAUGACAAAAAUUCCCCACCCCAGUUUUUUAUGCUUUUUUUACUCCAUUUUUUUUUAACUGCAGCUGUUAAAACAAGGAUCAAAGCCAGAAAAAGUUUUAGACUUAACGAAAUAGAAAGAGAGAGAGACAGUCUUCCAAAGGGCCGACCACUAUCCUCAUCUCUCAAUUUUUACUGUGUGUUAAUGUGUCAACACUGUGUAGGUGCCAAUGAAAAGAAUAUCUCCUUCUCCCUUUUAUCUCCUUCUCUGCCCCUCUCUCUCUCUCUCUCUCUCUCUCUCUCCCUCUCUCUCUCUCUCUCUCUCUCUCUCUCUCUCUCUCUCUCUCUCUCUCUCUCUCUCUCUCUCUCUCUCUCUCUCUCUCUCUCUCUCUCUCCCUCUCUCUCUCUCUCUCUCUCCC